AACACGACCGCACGGCAUUAUAAUGGAAUGUGUCAUGGUUGCGCCAGUCAAAAUAAAUGGUUUGUUGCGGAACUAAACAUCCCGUUCAGUUGUUCACCCGAGUUUCUUUUGCAACAAGGACGAAAAGGCUUAACGUUGGUUCCUGUGCAACUUCCUUCAAAGAUAAAAGGGCCAUUAACCAACAUACGUUUCAUCCGUCCCUGUGUAAUAUUCAAUAAGAGUUUCAAUCCGGCUUGUGUCCUUCCGGCUUUCAUCCCUCAUCAUGAUGCGUUACUGGGGUGAGAUCCCCGGGCCUGCGGGGGCUCCUCCCAGUCGCAGCUCCUUUGACCUGCUCCAGCGUGAGUUUCGCUCGGUAGAGAUGCAGGACCCUCCCCUGCACCAGCCCUCGGCCCAGCGGCCGCGGCCCACCACAAUGUUGGACAUCCCCUCAGAGCCCUGCAGCCUCACCAUCCACACAGUGCAGCUGUGUCAGCAUGCCCGCCGCCUCCGUGGCCUCUUGUCAACGGCCCAAGCUCAGGGUCAGAGCUCAGCGUCUUCGGAGGGUGGCAGCAAGCUGGAGGAGGCGGAUACCAACCUGCCCCUGCGUCCUCCCACCCCACCUGUCAUGCCAGAUGACUUGCUACCUGUGGACAGCAAAGCCCCGCGGCAGCCCUUCGUGCUCCGCCACAGUGACCCUGAAAGUGACUUCUAUAAGGGUAAAGGCGAGCCUGUCACAGAGCUGAGUUGGCCCUCCUGCAGGCCACUCCUCUAUCAGUCAGUGGCCACCAUCUUGGCCCACGCUGGCUUUGAGUCGGCCCAGGAGAGCGUGCUGGAGACCCUGACCGACCUGGUCCAUGAGCAUUACCUGCGCCUGUCGCGCAUGCUGCGGGUGGCGGUGGACCGGGAGGCUCGGCUUGGAGCAAGUCCCUUUCCAGACGUGGUAGAGCAAGUGUUCCAUGAGGUGGGCAUUGGCAGCGUGCUGGCCCUGCAGCGCUUCUGGCAAGUGCGGAUCAAGGACUAUCACAGCUACAUGCUGCAGGUGAGUAAAGAUCUGUCGGAGGAAUAUGAACGACUGGUGAACCCAGAUAAGGCUCUGGAGGACUCUAAGCCCCCGAGGAUCAAGGAGGAGCCCAUGAGUGACAUCUCUUUCCCUGUUAGCGAGGAGCCUGAGGCCGACCUGGCCUCUGGGGACCAAGCUCUGCCCAUGGGGGUCCUCGGGACCCACGCUGAGAGGCUGGCUUCAGGCCUGGAGGGUGACCAUUCUCCCCACACCUCAGGUGGGGGCGGAGCCAACAACUCCCCACUGUGGCCACAGGUGAAAAUGGAGCCACAGGAUGGCGAGGAGGGCCAGGGUGCCGGCCAUCACCACCACCAUCACCACGGUGUCUUGGGUGGAGAUGUGUUCGAGGAGGGGGGGCCCAUGUCCACCAUGAGCGAGUCAGGAGGAGCCAUGGCGCCGUCUCCCGGAGGCGCGGCGUCAGACGCCAGCUACGCUUCACAUUCUCCCGACUCCUUGAUGAGCACCUCGCCCGUCUUCAACCAACGACCUAAGAAACGGGCGAAGAAGAUGUAAGGCAGUAUUUGUGGAUGCAAUAAGCUCUGAGAUGUGGACUCACCAGCAAGUCUUCCACGUUUGGUAUCCUGCAACGAAAUGAAGUGAAACACACCACUUGUACGCCGUAGGACUCAUCUGCAGCUGCAUAGCACUGCAUAAACUGACUGAGACAGUAAUGUCAUGAACAAACUGAACAGAUGUAAAAAAAAAAAAAAAAAAUUGUUUAUUUGUAUGAGUAUGCAUGUAUAGUUUCACUCCAAAUAGUUGAAGAUGUUGCCAUUGAAUUUGUAAUGGGGUUUAUUGUCAAAUCUUCAUCUUCUGAAGUAUCAGUUUUGUUUGAGUUAUUGAGUGGGUUUCAGAAAAUAUAGGAGGGUUACAAUUAGCCUAAUGAAUAGAAGAACAGGAAAGCCAAGUUGUCCAAAACAAAUAAUUAAGCUAAACAGCUUAAUAAUUCAGCAGAAAGGUUUGUUUUCCCAAGCUAUUAAGUCUCUUUCUCCUCACGUACCAAUUACUGCCUGUGCCAUUCAUUACGAUUAAAAGAUGCUCCACCAAAAAGGAAAAUAUGUUUGUUUCCCCCCCUCAUGAACAUGCUGUUGCAUAUUAUGAUGUAUUUUCAACUCCUCAUUUCCCUUUUGCAGUACACUUUACAUGUAGCCCAAUACUGCGGAACGAUCCACUCGGAGACACACACACACACACACACACCUGUGAACCUGAAGCCGCUCUGCUAAAUUAGCAUCUGUUUCAGUAAUGAGGCAAAGCUGUUAGUGCAACACCAGAGGCAAUUAUGGCGUGGUUCUCUGCAUCAUGAAGGCAACAUCAAUCCAGUCUUAAUGGCAAAUUAAUUACGGCACACAUAAUUCUGCAGCAGGCCUGUUUGAAUACUUUUCAAAUUCGAUUUUCUUUUGUGUGGGGCUCUUUCAUUUUCACAGUUAGACAGGUAAUAGUCUCUGCAUAUGGGUAGUGCAGAUUGGGUCACGCAUUGAUAUUUAAUUAGCUGCAUUGAUGGUUGAUUUAUGGAUGAAACAGAUUUACUUCCAUAUUUGUGGUGCCGUGUGACCCAUGUGGGAAUUUGGAGCAGCUGGAAAACAAAAUCAGUAUUCCACUUUUCUGAUUAAAAAGGCUCCCUUUGUCGAUGCUAAUAACUGUAAGCAAUGUCACCUGGAUCUUCUAGGAGUCCGGAAUUAUUGUAUGCUGACAUUCUGCCACAGCUGCCACAAACUCCACAGUUGCAAUAGAAAGACAGCAUCAACAACAACAAAAUGCAUGUACUGCAGAAAAUACUUGUGAAUUCUGAAAAGCUAAAUUGCUAAAGCAAAACUGGAUUGCUGGCAUAUUUGCGUAAGAAGAAGGUGAAGUAGUGAGAAUAGUUGGAAAAGUGGGAAUGGUUUGGUUUGGUUUUAGUAUGAAUUUCAUUGAAAUGUUGAAUAAUACCAAUAAUGUAUCAAAAAAAAAGUGGAAUAUUUUAAGUUUUUUUGGAAAAGCAGUUGCUAGCUGGUGAAAGUGGAAAUGGUUCUAAUUAAAGAAGCUGAAUAAUA